AUGUCGUCCAAAAUGUCCCAUAACCACUACGAGGUGAUGUAUGUCGAGCCCAGCUGCACACGAGAUGAGAUCCACAAGCAGUACAAAUAUCUUGCAUUGGUGUGGCAUCCAGACAAGAAGCGCGUCAACCUAUACGCGACGGUGCAAUUACAGGAGCUCAACGAAACCCACCGGGUCCUGGACAAUCCUAAUAAGCGCGCCCUGUACGACCAACUACUCGGUUAUGUAGCAGACAUAUGCGCCAGAAACUUUGUAUCCGAGGAAAGCUCUCACGGUCACGGAGCCCAGGACCCGCACAGUCGAAAAGACUGUAGCAAACUUCCCCUGGGCAGUAACAAGUUCGAUGCAGAGCCAAAAUAG